AUGUCUGCACAGCCAUCAAUUCAAUCAGUAACUUUCGAACAACAUGCCACAGGGUUUGGCAUCGGCAUCCCCAGACCCCGCAUUUCCUGGAAGUUCGCAUCAACCGAAGACACAAUUCAUAACUGGGAACAGACGGCAUAUGAUAUCGAAAUUCGUCGUGGCAGCUAUGCCUCGGAGCUCCAUAAUGUGAAAACAGCACACUCUGUUCUCGUACCCUGGCCGAGCCAAUCUCUUCAGUCUCGCGAAUCGGCUCAGGUCCGCGUGCGAUCCUAUGGUGGCCCGAAUAAUGAGUCGACAGAAUGGUCUUCCUGGUCAAAUGUGGAGAGUGGCUUGCUUGCAUCCCAAGACUGGUCAGCGCGUGCAAUUACAACUCCCAUCAAGCCGUCCGGAGGUCCGCUACGCCCGAUUCGCUUCCGAAAGACAUUCAAAGUCUCUCCAUCCAACUUAGAGUCAGCUCGCCUUUAUAUAACUAGCCUAGGGGUCUUUCAAGCAUACAUAAAUGGGCAUGCCGUUGGAGAUCACUGUAUGGCUCCGGGAUGGACAAGCUACAAUCACCGUCUGAAUUACGAAGUCUUUGAUGUAUCGCCAUUAUUACAAACAGGUAAGGAGAACGUUAUUGCUGUCGAGGUUGCCGAAGGGUGGUAUGCUACAAGACUGGGCUUCUUGGGGGGUCAAAGGUUUAUCUAUGGCGAUGAAAUGGCACUGAUAGCCCAACUGGAGAUCAAAUCUCGAGAUGAGGAUAAGCUGACGAUCAUAACUGAUGCAUCCUGGAAAAGUCACUUUUCUUCACUUAUUACUAGCGAGAUUUAUGAUGGAGAAGUUCUUGAUGCCCGUGAAGAACAGGAAGGUUGGAAUGAACAAAUAUUUCCUCACGAAGGAUCUUGGGAUGCUGCAAGGGAGACUACAUUCCCCAGCGCAGAUCUUGUGGCGCCUAACGCGCCCCCAGUGAGGGUGACUGAGAUUGUCAAGCCGGUUGAGAUCAUCAAAACACCGUCUGGGAAGACAAUCAUCGACUUCGGCCAAAAUCUCGUCGGUCGGGUCCGAAUUCCAUCCCUCACAGUUCGAGCGGGAGAAAUUGUUACUCUCAUCCACGCAGAAGUACUUGAGAACCAAGAGCUUGGCACUCGCCCACUUCGCGUUGCAAAAUGUACUGAUACGAUCAUCUUUGCCGGAAAUGAGAUCCGCGAUUGGGCACCGCGCUUCACCUUUCAUGGCUUCCGCUAUGUCCAGAUCGAGGGUUGGAAUUGCAUCACACUCAACAGUCUCGUUGCUGAGGUCAUGCACACAGAUCUCACCCGGACAGGAUGGUUCAACUGUUCGCACGAAAUGGUGAACAAGCUACACCAAAAUGCAACCUGGAGCAUGCGCGGAAACUUCCUCUCUAUUCCCACCGACUGCCCACAGCGUGAUGAGCGUCUUGGCUGGACUGGCGAUAUUCAAGUCUUCGGGCCCUCCGCCAGCUUUUUGUAUAACACAGCUGGCAUGUUAGGUGACUGGCUCAAAGAUCUGUCUGCAGAGCAAUUGGCACAUGACCAUGGUAUUCCAUUCUUCGUAACACCGAACGUCAUCCCAGAGGCUCUCUGGCCAACACUCCCUCAAGCUGUCUGGGAUGAUGUCACCGUACUCUUACCAUGGGCAUUGUACCAAAACUAUGGCGACGCAGAUAUCUUGCGAAGACAAUACCCAAGCAUGAAAGCAUGGGUCGACACCGGCAUCUUGCGUGGGCCAGAUAAUCUCUGGGAUGACAACCUCUGGCAAUUGGGUGAUUGGCUCGAUCCCACUGCUCCACCUGAUCAUCCUGGUAACUCCCGUACGGACGGGACUCUGGUCGCAGAUGCAUAUCUUGUCCACGUCACGCGGACGAUAUCUUCCAUUUCCCGAAUCAUCGAUCAAAGCGCCGAUGCAACACGUUAUGAAGCAGAUUACAAAGUUCUAAAGGCCCGCUUCCAGAAGAAGUAUGUAUCGCCGUCUGGGCUGAUGGUCGGAGAUACACAAACCGGUCUUGCACUGGCACUUCACUUCGAUCUUAUAGACGACCCGGCCCAGAUUGCUGCCACGGGGGCUCGACUUGCACGAUUGGUUCGGAAAUCCAGCUUCCAGGUAUCAACCGGGUUCGCUGGAACACCGAUAAUUACACAUGCACUUACGAAAGCUGGGUAUCCACAGCUCGCGUACCGCAUGUUGCAGGAGAAGACUUGUCCCUCGUGGAUGUACCCAAUUACCAUGGGUGCAACAACAAUCUGGGAGCGAUGGGAUAGUAUGCGUGCCGAUGGAACUAUCAAUCCCGGAGAGAUGACUAGUUUCAACCAUUAUGCUCUUGGUUCAAUCAUCAAUUGGCUGCAUCGGACAGUUGCUGGUGUGAGUCCUCUGGGGCCUGGUUGGCAAUCUGUGCUUGUGAGGCCCAUUCCUGGUGGUACGGCCACUUCUGCUGAGGCCGCUUACGACACUGCGUAUGGAAGAUUAGAGUGCCGUUGGACUCUUGGUGAUGAUCAUCAGUUCAAACUCGAUGUGGUUGUGCCGCCGAAUUCAAAGGCGAAGAUCGUGUUGCCCGGUGAAAGUGACGAUGGGAAGGGGGACGACAGAUGGAUUGGAUCCGGGAGCUAUACAUUUGAGACAAACUUUAAUAGUCAGGUUGGAUGGCCACCAAAGCCUUUGAUUCCUCCUAUGUGGGGUCCCGUGGACUCUUUUGUCUGA